AAUCGUAGUCCUUUGAAUUUGUUACGAUAGAGAGUGCUGCAUCGUAACCGUAUUGUUCAUACGUUUUUAAACGGAACAAUUGUGUCGACUUUCGUGUGCUUUGUACGCAUUAAUUUUAGUACGCGAUACUAAAAUUAGCAGAGUGCUGAAAGGAACUUUUGCGUUUGGUUACUUAAUACUGUGUACAUUGCUAUCAAUAUACUACUUAUUUCCACAAGAACAUUCGUAAAGCAUCGCGUUUUUUUACGACAUUUCGACGAAUCGAUCGGAUGUUUGAUUCGCGUCGAAAUAUGGGUGUUCCGCGAAUGUGGAUCGUAAUUUUCAUGGUGGCCGCCGCGUGCACUUGCGGUGCGCGCACGGAGUGCAGCAAAACAGCGCAGAUCUCAUUCCUAACAAGCGUGCAUGACGACCCUUCGUGCACAAAGGUAUCGGCGAAAGGCGUCAUGCUCUACGAAGCCGCGAAUCUUCUCGUCGAGAUUCACAACAACAAAACCGACGCAUACGAUAUUGGAAUAACCGUUUUGGACACAUGCGGAAGUAUGACAGGCACUAUGAAAGCAAUGAUGAAGGCUCUGGUGAAGGCAGACGUCAAUUGUUUGCAUCCACCUUCUUAUUUAGGAAUUAUUGGCCCGGACACGUUAACCAAUGCCGAGGUGGUGCACAAAGUAACGUCGAUACUUCACGUACCCCAUAUCGUCAAGGAACCAUCGGAUUCUCCGUAUUUGCAUCACUUGGCGGAAGAAUCUGACUCCUACUUAGUGCAGGGAAUCUUAAAAAUCAUCAACACCUUAAAGUGGAAGUCCUUCACGUUAGUAGUUAACGACGAUCACGACGACGAUGACGUACAAAAUAUUGCAAAACAACUAACAAUAAGUGCCAUAGCAAAGAAUUUAUGCGUUAUAGUUCAUGAUGACGAUUCGGAAGAUUAUACGUCACACAUUGUGCAUAUUGGAAAACCGGAAAAGAAGUUUCUUAUUGAGCGCACUAACGCGACUAUAGUGGUUAUUAGCGAGGGAAGCCUGAAAAAUUAUUUGGCUCGCAUAAAUUCGAGUAACACCAUACUGCUCUUAGAAGAUUCCAGAAGCUUCAGCGAUCUCUUGGAAUCGAGAGUCGAAAACUCGCAUUGGUGGGAGCCGGAAGAUGAUUUUGAAAAAUACGACGCCGAGAAUUUGAGAGAAAUCAGAUGGUUAGAGAAUGCCGUAGAGGUUUACGUAAGAGCUUUGAAAGCGGCGUGUAAGAACAAAAAGUGCAAGAGCUCGAUAAGUCCUUUGGAUUGGAAUCACGUUGUGUCGAACAUGUUGAUGACGCGCAACGCGGAGUCGCGGGCCACACCGAGAUACCUCGAAAUGUCCAUGAAAACAAAGACAGGCGCUUUGGAACAAUUGGGCGAUAUAAUUAUUCGCGAGAACGAGGCGACGUUGUACUGGAAAAGCGAUAAACAGGAAGACGACGUGAAAGAGAUCGAGAAUCACGAAUCGGAGAACAAGAUGCCGAACAAGUUGAAAAAAUUCAUAAAACGAGAUGACGAACCGCAAACGGGAUGCGCCACGAGCGUCAAGCAGAUUAAGACGACGGACAACAAAGAGGUCCUGGUCUCGGGAAUGGACGAUGACGAGUGGUGGACAACGGUGUGGACGGUGAGCGGCGUGGGUUUCGCGAUGUUCGUGGUAGGAUCUUUUGCUGUUUACAUUAUCUACGCGAACAUAGUGCGGGAGCCGAGAGGUCCCAAGAGUAAAGGUCAGCUAGAGAGAGACUCGAGCCUGAGAAGAACGGGAAGUGACCGGGAACUACCUACGACUGUGACUCGCACCCAGCAGCGGGCGAGGCGCGCCCCGCAAAGGGCAGACAGCGACGUGUCCGAGAAAAGCGUCUGAAACCAUGUCUGAAAAUAAUAACGCAUGGAAAAACAUCGUGUGGAAAGAAUGUUCCAAAGAGUAGAAAUGUUUGCUUUUUGAUGUGAAAACGCGGAGCAAAGGCAUUCAUUGCACGUCUCAAUGCGUUUGUCCAUGAACAUAUGUUUUUUGUAGAUGUAACAUAUAGGUAUGUUUUUCGAUACGUAAUAUAAUCUAGUCGCAAUAAAAUAUUCUUCAUGACAUCAUCUCAUUAAUUACGUUUUUGUGAAGCUCACGACAGGUAAAGAGGUUUGUCUUAUGUCGCUUUAUUAUAUUUUGUUCACGUGAUCAAACAUUCAUAUAAAUUAAAUAAUGUUUCUCCGUGUUUUUACGUCGAAUAAAUUAAAUAAUAUUUUACGUGUUUCUUUGUAUUUUAUAGUAUGUGUUACGAUAAAUUUGUUGCGACAAGCACGAGUACGCAGAUAGAUGCAAAACCGUGCGAAAAAGAAAGAAGAAAAAAAGAGAGAGAAUGUGCGUAAGCGUGUGGGUGUAUGUGUGUGUAUGUGUAGUAUACAUUUUUCUAUCACCUACAUAAUUUCUUAUAUCUAUUAUCUUGUAACACAUACACAGAUACAAGAUUGCGAUAAAAUAUUAAAUAAAUAUUCCUUAAACAUUAUGUCUCAUUUACGAUGAUAUAUGAGAAUGUUGUAUGUAUAACGCUUACAUUAUUAAAUUAGUUAUUACAUUAUUAAAUUAGUAAAGCCUAUUAAAAAUAUUACGAACUUCUAGCGUGCAUAUAUAUGUAUAAAAAUUUCCUAAACAGUAUCGCUGCGGCAGAGUUACAUUCAGCGCCUUCUGCUUCGUGUGAUUAAAAUAAAUCUCUUUUGCACAGAUGGUGUGCAUACGCGUGCGCGAUUUUAUAGUUUUUACGCUUCUAUUUAAUUAACUUUCAUAAAUUAAUAUAGCACUUAUUCAAAGACAAAAAAACAACAAGUGUGUGUGCGCGCUUUAUUAUUAUAUAAACCUAAUAAAAAACUUCUAUAUCGCCAUUGA